UUUCGAACCCGGCGAUUGCUUUCUUUGUUCUUUGAAAUGAUAAUACUAAUAAAAAAAAAGUGCAAUGUCGCAGAUGCUGAUUGUCCGUAGUCAUUUUCUUUGCACAGUGUUCCUUGAGUAGCUAAAAGGAUGCAUUCAAGAGGGACACUUACACGAGCCAUACUCUUAUUUAACAUAAUCGAGGGGGGGGGGAGUACAUGUUUAUUAAGAAAAAUAAAAGAAAGAAAGGAAAGGUUAGCCAGGCAAAGAGCCGGCACAUAACCGACAUUCAUACGGAAAUAUAGCUACUCAAGUAUCUAGGGUUGCCACCUUUCGCUAUAGGAGUCAAACGGGGGAGGAGGAGGAGAUAACUGAGCGAGUGGAAUACAAAAAAAAAAAAAAAGAAAUAAAAAAGAAUAGCGAGAGAGAAGGGCUCUCUUUCAGUAGCGUACACAAAAUCUUGCUGUUUGUUCCAUUUGGACAGUUGGUGUUACAGUAUAACUACAUGUAGGGAACAAGCCUAAGUACUAACGACUGAAUAAAGAAUACGAACAGAAAUAAUUUAUUUUCAAAGAUAUAAUUUACAUACUUCUCGAAUCACCUCAUGGUGUAAAAUACCGGCAGCACGCUGCCGCGAUUGCCUUUCAACCGGUAAACAACUGUUCGGGUGGCAACGCUACUCCUAUCCCGUCGCAUGUUUUUGCGAGAAGUAAACAAGCGAUAGCUUUCCCACAUACCCAAUUUUUUAAACAAUUGAUCUUGGAUCGCGUAACACGUAUAUACUGUGCUUGUCCGUAUAUGGCAUGUGUAAAAAUCACAAAGCAUCAUCGUCUAUGCAAUAAGAACAACGUCAAUUUCUUGUAUUUGCAGUGCGGAUACCUUGCGGAUACAACAAUAAACAUGACCAAGCCUGUUCCGUACAUUUCUCGGCGUUCUCCGGUCCUGGGUCUCAACGGCUGUGUCAGCACCGAUCAGCCACUGGCGACGACAGCAGCCUUAGAAAUCCUUCGGAAGGGCGGCAAUGCCGUGGAUGCAGCCAUAGCCGGAGUUGCAGUUCUGCAGGUUAUCCAGCCAUAUGCCACAGGCAUCGGAGGUGACUGCUUCUGCCUUUUUUACGAUGGUUCCCAGAAGCGUGUCAAGUGCAUUAACGGGAGCGGGAAGAGCCCAUCUAAGCUUACUCUGGACCUGGUUAACGCCAUGGGUUACAACGAAUCCCACCCGCUCGAUGACGCAACUGCACUUUCGGCAACGGUACCAGGUGCUGCCAAAGGAUGGUACGACUCGCAUCGAUAUUUUGGAAGUAACAAGGUGAGCAUGGAAGAAAUACUGGAGCCAGCUAUCGGCUACGCUGAACAAGGGUUUCCAGUUGGGCCAAUGAACAGCGCUCAAUGGGAAGUGUACCGGUCAAAGCUUCUGAACAUGCAUGGAGGGAAGACCUUUCUCGUUAAUGGAAGUGACACGCCUCCGUCCGGAAUGGUGCUGCAGAAUCUUCCGUUGGCCAACGUCCUAAAGAAGUUGGCACGCGAAGGGCCAAGCGCUAUAUACAGAGGUGACGUGGCACAGAGCAUCGUGGACGCAGCUGUCGGAGGCGUACUAUCUUUGGAAGACUUGGAGGACCACCUCGCUUCAAACGAAAAUCCAUGCGUGGUCCCUAUAUCAACGACGUACCAUGGAGUAACUCUACAUACAACGCCGCCGCCAAGCCAUGGAGCAAUCUUCCUUGAGGCUCUUAACAUCCUGGAAGGAUUCGACCUGAAAGGAUACGAUCCUACAUCUGCCGAAUACUUGCAUUUGAUGACAGAAGCUCUGCGUUUGUCAUUCGCUGACGGCCUGAGCUACGUGGCAGAUCCAACAUCAGGGGCAUACACGGGCGUUGGUAAAAUGAUGUGCAAGGAAUAUGCGGCACAAAGAAGAGCUCUGAUAUCCUUGGACCGUGUUGCAGAGAUCGACGUUGCGGUGUCAGCAGCAGAGCAGUCUCAUACAACAUUUCUGGCAACGAGCGAUGGGGAAGGCAAUGCAUGCGCCUUCAUCAACAGCAACUUCAAAGGCUUUGGGUGUAGCAUUGUGGAGCGCCAUGGAUUUGCACUGCAUUGUCGUGGUUUGGGCUUCAACUUAAUUCCCGGACACCCUAACUGUGUGGGGCCACGAAAGAGGCCUUAUCAUACCCUGAUGCCCGUUAUCGCGACAGACUCGUCCACUGGGAAGCUCAUGGCCGCAAUGGGUACGAUGGGAGGAUAUGGGCAGCCCCAACAAAAUUUACGCGUACUCCUAAACAUGCUGGAAAUGAAGAUGAAUCCUCAAGAAGCAGUUGACAUGCCACGGAUUAUGAUCGGCUCCGGUGUCACGGUGCAUCCGAAUGAUUAUCUCAUGUUGGAAGAAGGUCUAUCGGAUGACGUCGUGGACGGCCUUAAAAAGCGCGGCCAUAAGAUCGAGCGGGUGCUUACUGGAAGGGAGCGACGAGACUUGGGACAUUACCAUGUUAUCGCCAGGGGAAAUUGGUGGUGCACCGACGUCCUACCGACUGGGAGCGAAGCCAACGUUUACUGGGCAGGCUGCGACCCACGGAGCGACGGAGUGGCGGCAGCUUUCUAAAGUGGCUCCUCACCCUGUGCUGCACCUGGCUUCACGUUGCUAGCAGUAGUUUGCCAUAUAUUUAGUAAGGUUGGGGUUUGUUCAGAUUAAAGUCAAAUGACAAUGAAGUGAAGGACACCACCCAUGUUUUUGGUUGGGUUGCACUAGAGUCACUAAAUAAGCUACGCUUCAGAGUAUCGACACUGAGUUCCAAGAGCGAGCAUGCGCCAUCUUGUUUCUGCGGCACGCUUCCCACGCGCACUGCGCACUUUAGCGCACGAUGCGCCAUCUAUCGUGAGCGGGUGAAAUGUUCCUUUCGUUUACAAGCAGCAGCUGACGGCCUUGAGUGCAUGUGCAAGAUGGAACAGCGGUUUGCAACUUGUUGACAUGUGGUCUGCCUUUUUGUUGCUCAUGUUACACCGGUGUGUUCAUGACCCAAUACUGGCUCAGAUUUUGAUUCGAUAUCAGGUGUUGCACACUAGGUGUCCAGCAUGUUGAAUAUAAAAGACAUGGAAAUGUUUGAGAAAUUUCGAAAAUACCUAGAUGAGCAUGACAAAUGUGCAACAUGGAACAGCGGUUUGCAACUUGUUGACAUGUGGUCUGCCUUUUUGUUGCUCAUGUUACACCGGUGUGUUCAUGACCCAAUACUGGCUCAGAUUUUGAUUCGAUAUCAGGUGUUGCACACUAGAUGUCCAGCACAUUGAAUAUAAAAGUAAUGGAAAUGUUUGAGAAAUUUAAAAAAUACUUAGAUGAGGCAUGACAAAUGUGCAAGAUGGAACAGCGGUUUGCAACUUGUUGACAUGCCGUCUACCUUAUUGUUGCUCAGGAUACACCGGUGUGUUCAUGACCCCAUACUGGCUCAGAUUUUGAUUCGAUAUCAGGUGUUGCACACUAGAUGUCCAGCAUGUUCAAUAUGAAAGAUGUGGAAAUGUUUGAGAAAUUUCGAAAAUACCUAGAUGAGCAUGACAAAUGUGCAAGAUGGAACAGCGGUUUGCAACUUGUUGACAUGUGGUCUGCCUUUUUGUUGCUCAUGUUACACCGGUGUGUUCAUGACCCAAUACUGGCUCAGAUUUUGAUUCGAUAUCAGGUGUUGCACACUGGAUGUCCAGCAUGUUGAAUAUAAAAGCUAUGGAAAUGUUUGAGAAAUUUCAAAAAUACCAAGAUGUACAUGACCUACUGACAUGAUCGUUGCAUUUGCAAUAAUCGUCAUGCUUUCCUUGCAAAUGUGUUUGAGUGAACGUAUCUGAAUUUGUGUAGUUAAAUUAUGUUACCAGAGGCAAAUCCAAGACCCGCUUUUUCUGUUUUUGUUUUCUGAGUGUGUGUAGAUGAGGGGGGGGAUGUGGAAGAACUUGGUUUGGAUAGCAUGGACUACGUUAACAUUUCUUCAUACCUUGUCAUACCGACAUUUAGGAAUCACAGAUGGUAUUGUAUUGUGUUUAUUGAGACUUGUUUGACCAUAAUCACUCACUUUGCAAUAUAGCAGAUGACUGUUUACAUUGGAAUUGCCACAACACUUAACUGAAUCCUUAUUAGUGACAGUGACCACCACAGAAAAGAAGGCACUAAAAUUUUACAGAUAUCCACCCAGUGAUUCUGCAGCCAAGGUGCUUACAAUAUAUCUUACAGCACUGUAGUGUGCUAAAUUGCAUAUACUGCAGUAUUACUAAUCGCUAAUUAAAUUUAAACUAGUAUGUGAGAAUGAUAUACUGAAGUGAAUAAAUACAUAAAGCAAAUAGGGGGGAACAACUUUCCCCCGCUCUUGUCUGAACAUAUGCACCAUCACCACAAUAAUAUUGCGCGAGUCUGGAGCCUGCUAAUAUACGCGCUCGAGUCGCAAAAGCGUUAUUAGUCAAUUAAAAGGAAAGUAUCCAAGUCUAAUAUAUACACGACGGGAUGCACACGGCUGUUUGUGAACGGACUGGUUCGCGAAAGCGCCUUUAUAAUGCAAAGUGUAGCAACACGGGAAGCCUUAAUAAUGUGGCGUAAUUUAUCGUGCACGUCCUUUUGUUUAUAUUUAUUUAUUUAUAUUGUCGUAUGCGUGCCUUACACCCCAAUCUCACAGCAUAGCAAUUGAGCUCUCAAACAACAACCAUCAGUUGAACAAUAAACGGAGUGAGAUUAAUAUAAACUCGCUCAAAGACUCGUACACAACGCUGGACCCAAAACCCUUUUGCCGCCGACGCCGGGUAUCGCGGUCACGAGACCAUGACAACGCCGUGGAGAGCCGCCGCCGAGAGCGUCUGUCCUGUCGCCCGCAGCGCCACCACAGCCUUGCACAAGGGUGCGCUCUAUUUCGCAUCGCCAUCCAAUGCCUCCCACUAUCUCUCACCAUGCUCCCCAAAGGAGCAAUGACGUCAUCCGCGGAAUGCGACAGCAGCGGCCCCUAGUGGUGAGGCGUCGCUCGUAGCGCCCUCUAGUGGUGUACCCUACACAAUGGGUAAUCCUUCUAUUCAUCGGAGAUAAUCCGUCUAUUGGGGGCUGCAUUGGAAACAACACCCGAUAUCUUCGGGACGCUCUGGUGGACAAUACAUGGAUUAUCGCACAACAAUCAUACACGCUUGCCUAUGCCACAGCGAGCAUUAUGUCAGUCGUCUUUGAUCCUCAACUGGGGUUGGUAGCGGUGUCGUGCGGAAACAAGAUGGCGCUCCUGCUCUCCCUUGGACUUCAGUGUCGAUACUCUGAAGCGAAGCUUAUUUAGUGACUUUAGGUUGCACGGGAGAGGCUCACUCGAGCCAAGAGUUUUGGAAUAAAACAAGUUUGACUCCAAGGGGAGCGGACGUCUCUUUCGUA